UCAGCUGCGCUUUAUACAGAAGAAUAAAGAAAUGAAUUAUUGGAUGAAAUAUUUGUGGAUCAAUUCCGUGCAAUUUAUCAGAGUAAAAGAAUAAGUUAUCGAUUAUUUCGUAAUGAUGGAGCAAAAUAGCAUAAUACAUGUAUCGAUCGAUCGUUAUUCAAAUAUAUAAUUUGUUUUAGGGAUUGGUAUUUGUGCAUUCAUACAGAAAAAUAUUACUUCUUACAUAAUAAUAGUAAAUUUAUUAAAAAGAGAACUACUCUUUUUUUACACAAUGACAACAAAUCUCACCUUUUAUGAUUAUCGUAAAAAUUUUGGGAGAAUUAGUUCAAGCUCGUACCAAGUACGUACUCGUUUUGACAUAUAUCGUUUCGCGUUGUGACACAUUGUACGACGUUCCCCAGUUAUUUCGUUCAGCGUUCAAUUACUUAUGCAUGUACAUAUAUACUACAUAUCAUGUAGCAUAUAUAAGUAUCAUGCACAGAGAACACGAGGAAAUAAAUGGGGUGAUGCACGAAAGAGACACAAAGCCCACUGAGAAAAAUUACCCAAGAAGGUCGGCUUAUCGUGAUCGGCUCGUUGCGAAUUUUCGUUUAUGCUCGUGUAAACUGAUAGACGCGAUAUCGAGAAAGAUAUUACCGAAACACGCAACGUUGCGGCGCGUUUCCUCUGUUCACUUUAUUCUCCCCUUUAAGGUCUUUGGUAUUCGACCGCGCGCCCACCAAGCCAUACUCUGAAUCUACAUUUUCUGCUCCCUUCCGCUUGACAUUUUCCCAUCUUUCGGUAAGUUAAUUAACAUCGUUGUUACUGUUGUUAAUUCUGUUUCUCGAUAUUGCCAAUUACGUUACCUUACGGGUACUUAUUUGUUUCUCUUUUUUUUUCUUUCUCAAUUAUCAUUCUCCUCAAGUUGGCUUAAUUCUCCAUUGCUCCAAUCUCUUCCUUAAUUUGUCACACUGAAAUCGGCGAAUAAUAAAAUAUAUAAAUAAUGUUAUACAUAUAUAUAUACACACGAAUAGAACGAAAUACAAAUAUUUUUUUACAUUUGAAAAAUUUAAGAUUUAAGAUUUCAUUCAAGAUUGUUUCUAACGAGAUACAAUGACGACCACGACGAUGUAAUAAUAAAGAUGAUUACGAGGUGUUUAAAGACCAUGACAAAACCAAGCGUCUCUGCUCGCAAAAGGAGCACGUUCGAGGACUAUGCCAAGAUUUUUCGUGCCUUACUGGCAAGUUGGAGAGAAAACUACAAUCGACUCUGUAACGACGAAUUCUGCGAAAACUUCGAAGAUUUGACAUUGCCGAGCAACGAAGACUGGCGUUAUCGAAUCUAUUACCGACUUGUCCAACUGCAAAGAGAAUACGAUGUCAAUUCCGCAAAAAGAAGGGACGUCGAGGAGACUGGAUCGGGAAAAGAAACGGAAACGGAAACGAGGCCGCAAGUGGAACGAAAGAAGAAGAACGAUUGGGAAUGGGAGCCGAAAAGGCAAGGACACGAUUUGAAGGCUAAGCCGAGAAAAUGUCAGAACGAGGAACCGAGGGGAUCGUUGAUGAGCGUCGGUAGGAUCGGCGGUUCGAUGAUAGAAACGUGCGUUGAACCAGGCUGGCGCGUCAAUGAUAUCCUGUUGGCCGCGGUGGUUCUCCGCAGGGUUCAACCUGCCUCCGAGUAUUCGGACGAGGCCGAGAUGCGUCGUGUGUUCGGGCUAGUUUACGACGUUCUUCGGUACAAGAAGAUAUUCAUCCGUGCUUUGGAGGAUACAGGAUUCUGGCGACGUAACGCCGCCAUCAAGAACCAAGAGAAGAUCGUUUGGUUGCUGUUGUACGACAUGCAGGGAAGGAAAUUUGCGACCGAGAUUGCCAAUCUGGAAGAACGUGAGAGAAUGUUUGAGGAAGCUGGGUUGACGGACAUCGAGAAUGCACUCCUGGACGUGAAGACUCACCUGGCCGCGAGUAUUUCCAGGCUGCGCAUUGGCGGCUCUGCCCUCAACCUCGACGAGCUGCUGCCGGGUCGUUUGCGCGUCAUCGAAGGAGUUGCUUGGGGCGCGCGAGCCAGGAUCGCUACCGGAUGGAUAAACACCACGAGAGUCGUCGGCAGGAAAGAGUUCCUGGAGGAGAUGUCGAAACUGAAGUUGAUCCAUCGCGAAUGCGGAGCGAAUCAAACGAUCGAACUUGAAGAGCACGAGUUUACGUUCGAUCCGAUUUGCCCGAAGGUGGUUCAUUUACACGAGGGCAUGCGGGAAACGCUGGCUACAUCCGCUCUCAUUCGCGAUCAUCGUUUCGUGUUUCUAGAGAAGUCGUUGUGUAUGGGCGCGGCAGCCUUGGUCCAGGCGAUUCGCGUCGGUAGAUUUUACGGCCCGGUCAUUCUAACUCACUCGCUCGCGCCUCGACACACUGGAUAUCUGGCUGGUCUUCUGGCUGAUAUCGAGCACGCUGGGAAACUUUUGGUUUACGGGGCUGGCGACCGUCUUUGCGAGUACGAGACCUACCUGAAAGACCUUGGCGUUACGUUGCAACGGUGUCGCGUUUCUUCUCAAAAGUACGUGUCUCAUCCGGCGACGAGUGAAUCCGAGAGGGCCACUGUAGUGUUGGCAAUGCCCUCGUGCACUUAUACAGGCGUUCGAGAUAUCGUCGAUCUCGCAGUGGCGCGGGGAGGAGACAUGGAUCUUCUCGAAUCAUUAACAGAUAGCUACGCCAACAGCGUUUACGACGACAGUGACAAUGACAAUGACAAUGACAAUAAUAACCAAAAAAGCAACCACCGAAAAAGUUACGACCACGAGCAGUGGCGUUCCUUCUUGACCGAUCAAAUGUCCACUUUGAAAUACACUUUGACCAGGCCGAAUGUACAGUUUGUUGUGUAUGAGGUGCACACUAUUUUACCAUCAGAGACGACAGAGAUGAUUCGAGAGGUGGUCGACUGCGUGAAUCGAAUGGCUGUUGAAAAAUACAUUCGCGAACAUCCGAGAAAAACUCCGAAAGAAUCGUCGAAAUCGAUAAAAGUGGACGAAGAAUCGCAAAAUGAUGAUCAGGCCUCGACACUUCUCGCAAAUGUUACCAUUCCAGACAGUGAUCUCUUCGAAGUGGGCAGCAUCGACGACAUUUACGGGGAAAACGUUAGCCGCAUGUUGGAUCCAGGAUGCUUCCUCGCGGUGAUAAAGCGAAAGGAGAUCGUGCAAUUCGACUCGCUGUUCAUGAUCAAGGUAGCAGAAUCGAAGGGUUUGUUCGGCGACCCGAACAAGGUACAACGCCAAUCGAAGCACGAGUCCGUCGUCGAUCGUUCGAUCAGACAAUCCUCGCAGACGAGCGCGCGGAAACGAUCGAAGCGCGCCAAGAUGGAGAUCGACCGAAUAAUGGCACACACGUACUCCUCGUUGUCGAAAAGCAUGCAAGAAAAUCAAGUUUGUCCGCGGCACAAACGAUGCAGUUGGGAGGAAACGACUAGAUUGCAGAUAUUUGAAAAUGUCAAGUUCGAUGUUAAAGAAUGGCGAAAGCACAAGAAAAGUGCGACUCAACCUAUCUGCUCAGUUUCGUCGCGAAAAAAGGAAUUGCAAGCGAUACGCUCGAUGUUCGAUUGGCCGCGGUCAGAAUUCGAACCGUCCACGUUACACACGGAACCGACGAGAGAAAAAUCUUUGUCUACGUUGGACAAUUUGCUCGAAUCCCUGCCACGUCAGGAACGGGUCCGUGCCACUUCGAGUACGAUUUUGACGUCGCCGAUUCUUGCCAGAGCGGUGCGUCUCAUCCCGCUGGAGAAUUCGAUUGACAUCGAGGAUUACGAAGAAGAGGAAAAGCGGGCACAGUCAAAGAUUGGGCGUCAACAUUGGGCUCGAUCGAGGAAAACGUCCCGACUUUUGCAUCCUGUCAGAUCACCGAACGCGUGCAAUUCGCUUCUUGACAUCGUUUGAGACCGCAUUUUCCAUCUUCUAUCAGUUAUCUAGCUACUUGAAGUCAAAAUUGUACAGAGAAAUAAAAUCAAGUGGGAAAUGUUGCUAGUAGGAAUGUGUUUAAUAAAAUCGUGACAGUAGCUCUCGGUUAUUUUCAUCAGUGACAAUAAUUCCUUUAGAGAUUCUCUACAUGGAGUGUAGUAAAGAAAAAAAUUAGUCUGGAAUAUAAAAAAAUUGGGAACAGUAAUAAUAAAAAUAAAAUGUUAGGUAUAGAAAUAAAAUAAAACAAUUGGGAUAGUAUAAGAUUAGGUGUAGAAAUAAAAAAAAAAAGUUGGGAGAACAUCCAAAGAAAAGAAAAAAUUGAUUGGGUAUAAAAUUUCAUUUUUACCUUCACUCAAGGUCUGCAGGCUAACAAUAAAAGUUUAUGCGUACAUGCGUUCUUAUUUGGAUCCAUCGAAUAUACAGAAAAGAAACAUUAUAUGCACACAUACAUAUGUACAGAUAUAUAUGCACAUAGACUAUAGGAUGCGCCAUGUAUUUAUGUAAUAUAUGUACGAGUGAAAUAUAUUGUUAUAAGCGAAUUGUUGUCAAAUAAAAAGAUAAUUAUACCAAAAAUAUAAUUUUGCAAGUAACCUAGAAAACUUUAAGAAGUGAAACUGAAACAGAAGAGGAAAGUUCAAUUACAUUUCGAAUUUGUUUCCGACCUUCCGCAAUCUGCGAUUGCAUGAAAAUCAUUUGUAUAACCUUCGAAUCGAAAUUCUCAUUUAAAACUUAUCAAUGUUGAAACGAACAGCAAGCUUAAUGUAAAUUGACGAGUAACAGAUAUGAAGAAUUCGAAUUGAACCUUCGAUAACGAAAUGUUGUAAAAAAAAAAUGUAUUUUUUGAGAUUAUUACGAAAUCGACUGAGUCCACGUCUUUUCUUCUCUCCACGAAGAGAAGUAGCCAAAAAUGUGGUGUCCGAGGCGGUAAAACUCUCGCUAUUUGUAGUUUUUACGCUCUUGAAUAGAAACAACAACGACCAAGGAAUUUGAAUAAUUUGGUGAUAUUGUUAAGACCUUUCCGUUUUCU